AUGUUCCGCAAACCGCAAAGCUUGACAAAGUCGCAGCCGUUCCCAAACAACGUACACAAAAAUAGGCAGGCAGUAAAAAUGUGUGUGGCUUUGAUGUUGUUACAGUUGGUAGCACUUUUUGUGGUAGGUGCUUAUGGUGGUAGCGGUUCAUGCCGCGAUGCGGCCCUCUGCUGUAGCGGCCGGGAUUCCGCUUGUGUUGUGCAAAAAGUGCCGCCAAAUGCAAUGACGGCAGAUUUAAAUGUUAAGCCAUGCUACUGCGACCACGCCUGUUUAAAGCUCGGCGACUGCUGUGGCGAUUUCAAAGCAUACUGUGGAGUAAUCGAUUGCGUUGUCAGCGCUUGGGGACCGUGGAGUGAAUGUGACGCACUCUGCGGCUCCGGAACGUCCACUCGCAACAGGACUAUUCGACAGCCGUCGCAUAACGGAGGCAAGCAUUGCCCGUCGUUGGUGCAAAAACGGGGCUGCCAAGGAAGCAACUGUCGAACGGCUGUCAGACUGCAGCUGCUCGCUGAGACGGCAAAGCUACUGCCGGUGGUGGUGGCCUCUCAGCAGCAUCGGAAAGGAGCAGAAAAUAACACCGCAAGAGCCACACACCGUGACGGGCGUGAACUGAGAAAUCCGCACGCUGUUUCCAGCUAUUACCAACCGAGUGGGCACUGCGUUUCGUUCGAGGUCAUGAAGGCGAGCAAACACUGUCAAAGAGAUCCCGACUUUCGACUAUUAUCCGAGGGAGACCGUGUGGUCGUACGGUGCGGCUUAAGUCUAUUUAGUGUCGACGGUGGUGGCUCCUCUAUCUACGACGAACUAUCCAACAACUCUAUUUCCAGAGAACGUACGGAAAACGAGGAUAGUGACGGUGACGGCUAUGGGAACGGGAUUGGUGAUGAGAACAGUUACGACUACAGUAUGGAGUAUGACAGCCACACCAAUAGCACCGUUGGGGUAGCCCAGCAGACAGUGUUAUAUCGCCGGUGCUUAGGGGAAGGCCUCACGGGAAGAAAUACACAGUUCUCUGCCUUGACUAUGCCCUCGUGCCAUGGAAAGUGGUUGCGGUUAACGGUGGGGCUGCCGAAAAAGUGCAACACAAACGAGGCUCGGUUUGUCUUUGUUUAA